AUGUGUGGUAUACUUGCAGUUCAUGGUAUAGAAAACCCAGGAGUCGAGCGCUCUCGAUUUUUGGCUCUCUCAAAACGUCUUCGCCAUCGUGGACCUGACUGGUCCGGGUGUUUUGUCGGAAAGGAAGCUAUACUUCUUCACGAACGCCUUGCCAUUGUUGGUGUUGACACCGGUGCCCAACCUCUCGUCAGCGAGGAUGGUCAGAUCAUACUCGCCGUCAAUGGUGAAAUCUACAACCAUCUAGCACUUCGGGCGACCCUCAGUUCAACUGCCAAGUUCAAGACACACUCUGAUUGCGAGGUCAUUAUUCCUCUGUACAAAAAACAUGACAAGGAUCUUUGCAACAUGCUCGAUGGCAUGUUUUCAUUCGUACUUCUGGACGAGUCCGUGACUCCUACUAGAGUAAUUGCCUCUCGCGACCCCAUUGGGAUCACAACAUUGUACCAAGGAUGGAGCUCGAAGCAUCCUGGUGCAACAUAUUUUUCGUCGGAGUUGAAAGCUCUCGUCGACGAAUGCGACACGGUUAUUUCCUUCCCCCCUGGUCAUGUCUACGACAGCCGUGACCAGUCCACGACGCGCUAUUUCAAACCAACCUGGUGGGACGGAGACGCAGAAACAAACCCUGUACUCCCAACCACACCUGCAGAUUAUACCCUUCUCCGGGAAACCUUGGAAGCUGCAGUGCGCAAGCGGCUUAUGUCUGAGGUGCCUUAUGGUGUUCUGCUUAGCGGUGGACUGGACAGUAGUUUGAUCGCUUCUAUAGCUGCAAGGGAGACAGAAAAAGUUUCCCGAGCUCAGUACGAGGCUCGGAAGCGCAAGCUUGCUGAAUCUACCAGUGGCCCUCCGACACCAAGGUUAGAUGAUCUAACACAGCAGGGUAGGCGUAUCGAAUUUCGCUCCUUGUUUUUCACACUGAAGAUCGCCGUAGCUAUGCUGGCUUCUUGGCCACAAUUACAUUCAUUCUCAAUCGGACUGGAGAACUCGCCUGAUCUGCUUGCUGCCAGGAAGGCAGCACACUUCCUGGGCACCGUGCACCACGAAUAUGUUUUCACAGUCCAGGAGGGCCUGGACGCCAUCCCGGACGUCAUUUAUCACCUUGAGACCUAUGACGUGACAACCGUUCGUGCAAGCACACCAAUGUACCUCCUCAGCCGGAAAAUCAAGGCGAUGGGUGUUAAAAUGGUGCUCAGUGGAGAGGGUAGCGAUGAAAUACUUGGAGGCUAUCUAUACUUCCAUGCUGCUCCAGACAGUAACUCUUUCCAUCAGGAAUGUGUUCGGCGCGUCAAGAAUCUUCACACUGCUGACUGCCUGCGCGCCAACAAGUCGACAAUGGCUUGGGGCUUGGAAGCUCGUGUACCCUUCCUCGACAAGGCCUUUUUGGAAGUCGCCAUGAACAUCGACGCGAAGGAAAAGAUGUUUAACAAGGAUAAAAACCAAGUGGUUGAUGAAGAUGGUUGUCCGGUAAUGGAAAAGUAUAUUCUUCGGAAAGCAUUUGACUGUGCGCCGGACGGGACGGCUUAUCUCCCAAAGUCUAUUUUAUGGCGUCAAAAGGAGCAAUUCUCAGACGGCGUUGGUUAUUCUUGGAUAGACGGCAUCAAGGAUAACGCUGCCGCGUUUGUUUCUGAUAAAGAUUUCUCCAAGCGCGCAGAGCGCUGGCCAGUCGAUACCCCAGAUACGAAAGAAGCCUAUUAUAUUCGUGAACUAUUUGACGGCCUUUUCCCCUCUGAGGCCGCAGCGAAGACUGCAGUGCGCUGGAUACCACGAGGCGAUUGGGGAUGCUCCUCGGACCCAAGCGGGCGUAGCGUCAGCAUUCAUAACGCGGCAUACGAAACAGACUAA